AUGAACCAGGAAAAGUUUGAUGAAACUGAAGAUGGAACUAGGAGGAUAAUAAAUGGUCCACGUCCUUCUCCAUUGAAGAUAAAAAAGGAAUCGCAUGUCAUACGGAAACCUUCGAAUUCUUCAACAGUUCAAUUCAUGGCUCCGCCGCUAAAGAAACAAAAUGGCCCGGUGAUAAUAUACACUGAAUCGCCCAAGAUUAUUCACGCGGAGGCUCGGGAUUUCAUGGCUCUGGUGCAGAAACUCACGGGUCAUUCAAGAUCAUCAGCUGCAAACGAGAAGGCCGAAACUGUUGAUCAAUCUGAGAAGAAAGAUAAUCAGAUUUUAACUUGUGAGGAGAAUGAGAAUGAUGAAUCAUUUUCAGUUGAAAUGGAUAAGAAUAAAUCAUCCUCAUCAAGUUCUCCAAUUUAUAAAUUUUCUAAUCCGUACUUGGCUGACUUUCCUUUGUUCACGCCAAAUUCUACCAAUUUGUUCUGCUCGCCUCAGCAGAAUAUGGGAAGCUCAUUAUCUCCUACUCUCAUGAAUUAUUUGAAAGGCAUUUCUGAAUACUGA